AAAAAACACACACAAGACUCAGCAACAUUUCUCAGCCUUCCCACUAACUUUACUCAUAUUUACAAGUUGGACUACUCGUUUUCUACCGCUUCGUAAAACAGGUGAGCAGAUAAUACACCAAACAUGAGUAAAAUCAGCAAAGUGUUGAACCUGAAGGAUAAAAUCAGCGGUAAUGAAAUGGACCUGAGCCUGUGCAACCUGUCUGAGGUGCCAAUCAGAGAGCUGGCUUUAUUCCCUAAAGCAACUGUGUUAGACUUGUCUUGCAACAACAUCACCUCCAUCCCUCCGGAGUUUUGCAACCUGACCCACUUGAUCAAAGUGGAUCUGAGUAAAAACCAGCUGACCAGUCUGCCAGACGACCUGGGGAAUCUGGCCAACCUUCAACACCUGGACCUGUACAACAACAAGCUGACUACGCUGCCUGUCAGCUUCUCUCAGCUCCGGAGUCUGAAGUGGUUGGAUCUGAAGGAUAACCCGCUGGAGGCCGACCUGGCCAAGGCUGCGGGAGACUGUCUGGAUGAGAAGCAGUGCAAACAGUGCUCCUCCAAGGUUCUGCAACACAUGAGAGAAAUACAGGAGGAGGUUGAUCGCACACGAGAGAAACGGCUUUUGAGGGAAAAAGAGCUGGAGAAGAAGAGGGAGGCGAAGCAAAGGGAGCGGGAAGCCAGAGAGAAGGAGGCUCGUAAACGGGAGAAGGCGGAGGAGAAGGACAAGAGGAGGAAAGAGUACAACGCUCAGAAGGCGGCUUUGGCUGCACAGGAGCAACAGAAGAAGAGGAGCGAGGAGAAGAAGAAGAAGAACGGGCAGGCAGCAGCAGAUAAAAAGGCAGCUGUGAAAUCGGCGCCGACACCUCGACGUUCUCUGAUUGGCCUGAUGUUCAAGCUCCUCCUGCUGCUGCUGCUGGGAUUGGCCGGAGUCGCCGCUGCCUGCCGGCUGACCGACCUGCAGAAGGAAGCCAUGUGUGUGCCAAUCAACGCCGCCGUAGACGACGGCCUAUCCUGGGCCAAAGUGCAGGAGGGUGUGGUCAAACAGCUGGUGCAAAAUCUGUCGACUGCAGCGAAGGAGUUUCUUGAAUCCACGCAAGCGUCUAAGAACUAAAUACUCAUCUGCCUCCAUCGAUACCCAGAGCUUCAGAUUUUCACUCCAAUCUGUGAAUACUGGGAUUUUUUUUUUUUUUUUAAAUGCUGAAAUCAUGAUUUUCAUUAAGAUGAGUAACCCUGCUUCCCCUCGCCCUGUUUGUGGUGCUGGGAGGUGAAGAGUUUGUACAGAUAGAUGGAGGAUGGACAGAUGUGUAAAAAAAACAAAAACAAAAAAAACCCAUCUUAAAUUCCUAUGGAAUUGUUGUCGCUCUUGUACCCUCUUUGUACUACAGCCUGUUUUUUAAAAAGUCAUCGUCUUAAAAGCCCGGCGACCAUGUUUUGCACUUUGCGCAGCAGCCAGGCUGUUGUGCAGCUCAGUGCGUUACACGGAGCUCGGGCUGAUUUGAGAGAUGCAGUGAAAUGUCAGGUGGCCCUGUCUGUGCUGCACUGGAGCGUCGAGUCACGUGUUCACUGCCAGUCAAGAGUUGUGCAUCAGCCAGUGUGAGACGUGGCAGUCUGAGCAUGUGCAGUGAAGGCUGUGUGAAUGAAUGCCUCCUCCGUCUUUCAAUUCUUACAUCAGUCAAACCAGCUAAAUCUCACACACUCACACACACACACACACACACACACACAAACACACACACAAACUAGAGCCCAACAGUUACAUCACAGAUUUUCAUUGUAUGUAAAUGACAAGAAACGCAGUACAGAGAUGUCUAAGAGAUGUUUUAAAUACAAAGUAAUCAUUACACAGUCAAAGGUAAAACAUACCCCUCAGUAAAAAUCCUCUAAACUCUGAAAUAAAUUAAUUCAAGUUGAAAAAAAACUGAAAAUAACAAGUAAAAAAAUAAAUAACGGCUAAUAUAUCGUUACUAAUAUAAACUACUGAUAUUCUGUUUUGGCCUAAAAUAAUCAGCUGGGCUCAAACAUGCAAACUCCCGGUGAACUAACUGUACUAAAAGUUUUAAAGGAUCAUGCUGAAGAUUUGCACGUGUUACACUUUGUGCUGUUAACAUCUCAUUUUGCUAAUCAUGUUGUCACACUUCAGACAUUUCAUGUAUUUCUCCUCCUACAGUCAUUGGUUUCCAUUUAUUUCUGAACAUCAGUUACACUCUUGAAACGUGCUAGACUUCACUGGAACAUUAAAUUAUUUAUGUUUUAAUUGUAGUUAGAGGGAAAUGCAGUGUACAAGCUACAUUACCAGACAGCCAUAAUGCAACUUUGACAAUAAUGAAGAUUUACGAGUCUGCUAAUUGAUUUUGAGACCAUGAAUAGAAACCAGUCGAAACGUAGAAGAUGGGGAAAAAAUGCAAAAACACAAACAGCAUGAUUUACAAAAAUAAUUUGGGUUUUUAUGUUUUGUUGUCAAGUAGAUCUUACUGGUAUUGUCAUUUAAACACUGCAAUAGUCAUAACAUUAAACAUCCAAAUACUCUGGUGAAUGAGGGUCCCAAGUCUGAAAUGGCUUCUUUUUUUUUUUUCAGUUUAGCUGGUGACUUUUGAACUUAUUUUCAUCUGCCGAGACGUCUUCAUGCAAGAAAUUUGCCUUUACAGUCUGCUGCACUGGUUCUUGUACAGCUUUGUCUAUGCUCAAACAUCAACAGCAUUAAUAAAAGGCUAUGCACUGCAAGGA